GACCUAUGCACUCAGCACAUGUGAGUUGUAGACACUCAGACUACCUUACGCUUGCGCUCUGAAAACGUACUGCAUUAGGUGUUCUCGCCAUGAUCUUCAGCUUUGUCUGUCUCAUCACCUCGGUCGCACUGGGCGAAGGGCUGAUAUACGCCGUGUUCUAUUGGAUACUAAUUCGAAUCUAUCCAUGCUCCUUCCUAUCGACCUUGAACUCUCGGGAAGCUGUAAGACGCGCUUUCCAGGAGGACUUUCCAGCCCGCGAGCUCAGCAGCCUUGACACGCAAGUUGAUAGUCCUGACAAGGACAAGGACCUUCCCGAAGCGGCCCGAACGAGACCGUCGUCGAGCCGCGCUUUUGGCCCCUUUACUCCCAACACCCCGCUUCCUGUGUACCGCCUCGCAGAAGACGGUCGGAACUCGGGCCGUAUCAUAGUGUCUGGUGUGAAUACGGCAGUGUAGAAGCUGCAGUAUACAUGCUUUAGUCGAACCUCAUUUGUACUGCGUGGAAGUCGAGGACUUCCACGACGUCUCUCCUUACGCAGGUAUAUUUUAUAUAUUCACGCCGAGCGCCGCCUAUCACAACAGUCGCUUGUCACAUCCGAACUAUGGACGCA